UUCACUCACUUCAACAUUCCAAUUCCAUAGAAGAAACCACUAUCUUAUCUCUUCUUUGGCUCUCUCCAUUUCUCUACCUCACCAAUGGUUCCUGAGUUAGAGAAAAUGCAGAAGCCUCGAAUCACAGAGAUACAAGUCCGGAUGGACUGUAAUGGAUGUGUACAGAAGAUCAAAAAGGCAUUGCAUGGUAUCAAUGGGAUAUAUGAUCUCUAUAUCGAUUUCCCACAGCAGAAACUUACAAUAAUUGGAUGGGCAGACCCUGAAAAGAUCCUCAAAGCUAUCAAGAAAACGAGAAAGAUUGCCACCAUUUGCUCCCACAUAGAACCAAGUGACCCUCCUACUCAACCUGCUGAACCAGCACCAGCACCAGAACCACCUGAAGGUGGACAACCACCAGCCCCUGAUGCUACAAACCCUCCACCUACUGAAACCCCACCAGCAGCUGCUGCUCCUCCACCCACAGAGCCUCCCAAAGACCCUCCACCCCCUGAAAAUCCAGCUCCCGAAGUGACACCAUCACCUGUGGCUGCUGAGACUGCUGCAACCCAGCAGCCUCACCACCACCACCACCAUGGCCCCAAAGACAUUGAAGAUUGUUCUGCAUAUUUUUGAAGACACUGAAAAUCCAGCUUCCUCUUAAUUUGAAGCCAUUUCUUUUGUUUACAAUCAAUAAAUCACUUGUUCUGCAUAUUUUUCAUUUCUCAAUCAAUUACGUUGUAUCUGUUUACGGAUUCAUGAUUGUUCUGAAAUCUGAAGUUUUCGAUUGUGUUUUACCUUCUUAGUUCUUUUUCUUCUUGAGGAAAUGAUUCGGUGCCGCAAAAACAAGAAAUUAAAUGGGAAUAGGAAAUAUUAGACUAAAGAUUAUAAUCCCAUCUCAAGGAUGUGAAUCUGCCAAAGUUCGGUUGCCAGAUCAAAUGGGGUUGUUAUUCUUGUAUUCUCUUUCAAUACGGGGAAGGUCGCUUGGGAUCAGGGUAACCAUGGAUGAUUGCAUUCUGGCGGUGGGAACAAGUAUCAAAAGAGGGUAAAAUAAAAUUCGGAGACUGCGCAAUUAGUGAAGAUUUCCUCCCUUUUUUAGC